AGCUCUUUGGGAGGUGGACCUUCUGCUUAUAGUUCCUUUGGGGCACCAUCUCAUCCACUUUUGUACCAUUCAAUGAUUUCUCAGAAGCUGUAUAACCUUACGCUCUUCGAAAAAGCACAAGAGCUGUUUAAGAAUUAUUUUCUUGAAUACAUAGUUGCACAAACCGAGGAGUUUGAUUAUGAAAUGAUGAGACGAAAUUUCGGUGAAGAUGUGCCAAAUUACGAGGAGCUACAGAAAAAUGAGCUAAAACACGUCUUGGAUUCCUCAAAAAAUGGUGUUAUCUAUGUCAGUUUUGGUACUAGUGUAAAGGCAUCCGUGCUUCCGCCAGAAAGAAUUGAAGCCAUGGCAAAAGUAUUGUCUCAAUUACCUUAUGAUGUUCUGUGGAAGUGGGACAAGGAUGACAUACCUGGAAAAGGCAAAAAUAUUAAACUUUACAAAUGGUUCCCACAGCCGUCUCUUCUUAAACAUCCAAAGAUCAAGCUUUUUAUCACCCAAGGAGGUUUACAAUCGACGGACGAAGCGAUUAAUGCAGCUGUACCCCUCCUGGGGAUACCGAUGCUUGGUGAUCAGUGGUACAACGUAGAGAAAUAUGUGCAUCACAGAAUUGGCCUUCAGCUCGAUAUUCAUCAGCUUACAGAAGACAACUUUAGGAAUGCAAUUGAAACACUUAUUCGAGAUAAGAGUUACAAAGAAAACAUAGUAAAAUUACGUUCUCUUAUGAGAGAGCAUCCCGUAGGACCCUUGGAAAUGGCAAUGUGGUGGAUUGAGCAUAUACUUAAGUAUGGUGGAAGUCAUUUGAAAUCGCCAGCCGCUGGCAUGCCACUAAUGGAAUACUACGAAGUACCACUGCUAUUAGCCGUAAUUGCUAUUAUCAUCGCUGUUACAACUGUGAUGAUAUUUACUGCUAUUUUUAUUUGGAGGAUGGUUAAGGGUUGUUUUAAAUCUAGGAUAAUGAAGAAAAAAAUUAAAUCGAACUGAUCUAUGGUAAAGUAGCGUAUUUAUUCAUAAAAAAACUCUUUAAUUAAAUAAAGAAGUCGCGCAGAA